CGCCUAGACGUCAUGGCGCACCGCUCGUGGGUUCGAUAUUUUUUUUCCUAGCCAAGAUGGCGGCGGUGUGAGUGUGGAACUGAAUGGGCGACGCGGAUUGUAAAACUGUACAAAAAUUAAUAAAAAUAAUGUACGCCUCGUUUUUAGGGGAGCCUCGUUUAUUAACGUAUUCCCGUUAAAAUCCCGUCGAGACUCGAUUUUUUCCAACCAACUAGGAUGUUUAUAUCAUGACACAGAGCAAAAAGAAGAAACGGGUGAAUCGCAGUCUGCUGCUGGCCAAGAAAAUCAUCAUCAAGGAUGGCGGAACGCCGCAGGGUUUUGGGUCCCCAAGUGUUUACCAUGCUGUCAUCGUCAUAUUCUUGGAGUUCUUCGCUUGGGGAUUGUUGACUGCACCCACACUGGGGGUUCUUCACGAAACAUUUCCAAAGCACACGUUUUUGAUGAAUGGCCUCAUACAGGGAGUUAAGGGUCUGUUGUCGUUUCUGAGCGCUCCUUUGAUCGGCGCUCUGUCUGACGUCUGGGGCAGGAAGUCGUUUCUCCUUCUGACCGUUUUCUUCACGUGUGCUCCCAUCCCUCUGAUGAAGAUUAGCCCAUGGUGGUAUUUUGCUGUUAUUUCGGUGUCGGGAGUCUUUGCUGUGACAUUCUCUGUGGUUUUUGCGUAUGUGGCUGAUAUCACACAGGAGCAUGAACGCAGUAUGGCAUAUGGCCUGGUUUCAGCCACUUUUGCGGCGAGCCUGGUGACCAGCCCAGCCAUCGGUGCCUACCUCAGCCGAGCGUACGGAGACAGUCUGGUGGUGGUUCUAGCAUCAGCGAUCGCCAUGCUGGACAUCUGCUUCAUCCUAGUGGCUGUUCCUGAAUCACUACCAGAGAAAAUGAGACCGGCGUCAUGGGGAGCACCGAUCUCCUGGGAACAGGCUGAUCCCUUUGCCUCCCUGAAGAAGGUGGGUCAGGACUCCACAGUGCUCCUCAUCUGUAUUACAGUAUUCCUGUCAUACCUUCCGGAGGCUGGCCAGUACUCCAGCUUCUUUCUCUACCUGCGACAGAUAAUGGGCUUUUCAUCUGAAAGUGUUGCUGCUUUUAUAGCUGUACUAGGAUUACUUUCAAUUGUUGCACAGACUGUAGUGUUAAGUUUACUAAUGCGUUCCAUCGGGAACAAGAACACGAUCCUGCUGGGUUUGGGCUUCCAGAUCCUCCAGCUGGCGUGGUACGGGUUCGGUUCCGAGCCGUGGAUGAUGUGGGCUGCAGGUGCUGUAGCGGCCAUGUCCAGCAUCACUUUCCCAGCUGUAAGUGCACUAGUGUCCCGCACGGCAGACCCGGACCAGCAAGGUGUGGGCCAGGGAAUGAUAACAGGAAUCCGUGGUCUGUGUAAUGGACUCGGCCCGGCUCUUUAUGGCUUCAUCUUCUACAUUUUUCACGUGGAGCUGGACGAGGUUCCUGACGGAGGGGAAGAUGUCGAGCGUCACACUCAGCUUCACCAGCAGAGUGCUAUAAUUCCGGUCCUCCAUUUCUUUUCGGAGCGUGCUCAGUGCUGCUGGCGCUCCUCGUGGCGUUAUUCAUCCCUGAACACACACCGCUGGGCAGCCGAUCGGGCAGCUGGAAGAAACACGCAUCGGCUCACGGGCACCAGCACAGCGCUCAGCCUCCGGAGGCUAAAGAGCCUCUGCUGCAGGACACCAACGUGUGAAAGAAAACCCUAAAACCAGAGACGUGACAAAUUGCAAUCUAUAUCAAACCCAGAGCUUUUUAAAAAAACAAACAUGUAUAUUAAAAACAAACAAAAAAAAACGUGUACACAGAGGAACAUAUAUUUAAUGACGGUUCUGUGCAGUGGCACCUUUGCAGUGGCUUGUAUUUAUUCAUUUUAUAGUUUUUGCUGAACUUUUUUUUUUUUGCUCUCAAAGUUGCAUUCCCCUUUCGGACAGGGCUCACUCAGGGACACGAAGCUCGGCCAGGAGCGUUUCUGAACGCAGCAUGCUAACACAUACAUGCCUCACGUUAAUGGAAGAGCUCAGUUAUCCAGCGUUUCUCUUCAUGCGCAUUCACACCUACUGUUCGGUUUCUCGAUUUGGAGUUCGAUCGGGUCUUUUGGUUCUCCGAUUUGGUUUGCACAUAAUGAAACAAACUGAAAUAAACCAAUAAAAAAUUC